AGCCCGAUUUCUUAUUCCAACACGAAGCUUUCGUUUCCACUUUCGAGAGGUUCGCGAUUUGCAGGGUUCGGUUUCAGCUGCUCAUAGACGCUGUCUUGGAGAGAAUCUGCACGAGCAAAGAAGCCAAUAACAUGGGAAGCAGACUCGGAAGAAGAGUUGUUCACUUCGCAAAUCUUCCAAUCAAGCUUCUUAUGCCGACCUCCUUCUCCAACAUCACAGAAAUUGCCCUCAAAACUAUUCCCUCUGCUUCCAAAAUCGAAAUCAAGCGCGUCCUUGAGAGCCUCUACGGCUUUGAGGUCGAUAAAGUUCGAACUCUCAAUAUGGAGGGGAAGAAGAAGAAGCGAGGAGGGCUUUUGAUCGCAAAGCCCGAUUACAAGAAAGCCUAUGUUACUCUCAGGAAUCCCUUGUCAAUCUCUCCGGACGUCUAUCCAAUCCGGAUUAUAGAGGAGGAGAAGAGGAAUAUGAAUAAACAGUCUAAGUCCAGCAUUGUGGAGGAGGGAGAGGCUAAGAGGCAUUGGCUGCAUGGGGAGGAGGUGGAGAAAUUCAAAGCUUAUAAGGGUUCUGCUGAUAGAGGCCGCCGACGAACUGACCGCGCUGAAGCUGCCGAACCAUCGACUAAGUUUCCUUGGAGUAGCAUGAGAUCUGCUAGGUAGUUUGCAGAAGCAUAUCCCAGUUAGUUCUUAAUUGUGAUUUGUUUUGGAUUUUUUUCUUAAACGAUGAUAAUGUAAUAGGUUGAUGAUGUCUUUGAGCUUAAUGAUAACUGUUAUGGAUUUUUUAGUUGUGAAAUGAACUCUUGUUGGCCCUUUAAUGGGGCGUUUUGCUGGGAAGUUCUGUUUUGUUGCUUAAAUCAAUAAAGAAGUUAUUGUAUUAUGAAA